AUGGCUGAUGAUAUAGACUAUGUUCUUCAGAAGCGUAUGGGCAGUUCUUCUUAUUCUGUACCUGAUUCACAGGUGAUAGUGUCGAGUUCAGGUUUUGGAAAUCGUCUUAUUGAUGAUGGAGAGGCAUAUGAUAUUGCUACAUUGGUAGAUCAGGCUCCUCUAUUGUACAGUAGACUGAAUGAUUGUGAACGGGCUGCUUAUGAUUCCAUUGUUAGAAGCGUCAUGGGUAAUGAACCUGCAUUUUACUUCGUGUCACAUUUUGGAGAUACUGGCACAAUGUUUCUUUGGAACAAUAUAAUUACGUAUGUUAGAUCUCUUGGAAAGAUCGUUCUUGCUGUUACAUCGUCAGGCGUUGCUUCGUUGUUACUAUCGGGUGGUAGAACUGCACAUUCAAUAUUUAAGAUUCUAAUAGACAUUGAUGAGACUACAAUUUGUGAUAUUAAGAGAGCUUUGGAUCACUCGUUACAUGACAUCAUGUCAGAGAACAAUGCAGAUAUGGGGUUACUGCCUUUCGGUGGUAUGGUUGUGGUUCUCGGUGGUGAUUUAAGGCAGCUUCUGCCUAUUGUUGAAGGUGGUGUGUGCUCAAAGAUAGUGGAUGCUGAGAUUACUAAUUCUCCACUAUGGAGGUCUAUUAUUGUUUUGGAGCUAACAAUGAAUAUGAGAUUAGUUGCAGAUGGUUUAGAUUCCAUUGCUAAGGAGGAGCUCUCUAAAUUUAGUGACUGGGUUCUUUCAGUAGGUGAUGGUACUUUGCCUACUGUUUCUCAUGCACCUAAAGAUGAUGGUGCUUGGGUACAAAUUCCUGAUGACAUGUUAGUUGUGACUACUACUGACGACAGAAUACGAGCGGCUCCUACCCACCCUGGGGUAUCAUAG